AUGGGCGCUCGUACAGAUCUCUCAUCGCUUGUACCACUUCUCGCCCAGGCCGCAGAGGAAGCAGGCAAACCAGCUCCCCAAGUAGUGCCUGUUACACUAGAUGUGACAGAUGCACGGAGCGCACCAGCAGCGGCCGCCUCGAUUGCCUCCUCGUUCCCCCGCCUGGACAUUCUUAGUAUCAACGCCGGGUACCUCGAAAGACGCGUCAGGAUCGCCGAAAGUAAUCCAUCCGAAUGGCAGAAAACAUGGUCGGUCAAUGUAUUUGAGCCAUACUUAGUUACCCGGGCAUUUCUUCCGCUCAUGCUGGGCAAAGGCAGAGACAAGACCAUUAUAAAUUUGGGCAGCAUUGCGACGCAUUUGACCUUGCCUGGUGCUUCGGCCUACCAGACCAGCAAACUCGCCGUCCUUCGUUUUACGCAAUUCUUGGAUGUGGAUCAUGGACCGGACGGUAUACUGACUUUUGCUGUGCAUCCUGGUGGGGUACCAACGGACUUGGGAAAGAGGCUCCCUGAACAGCGGCACAAGGCAUUGACAGAAACGCCAGAGCUGUGCGCAGAUACGUUGGUAUUCCUUACUGAGAAAAGACGGUAG